CGUCGCUGAAAUAUUGGUGGCAAAGAAAGCUAAAAAUAGAAACUAUUAACAGGCCAAACUUUCUCUCACUAACUGACCGUUAAUAGAAAGACAAACAGAGUUUCUAGAGAGAGAAAGACGAUGACAACAGCUUCAUUGUGUUCAUCAAGUCAGAUCAAUGGUUUGGGAGGAGCUCUUAUACUCCAAAAGACCCAUCUCUAUCAACCCAGUGCAGUCACUGUUACAAGGAGAAAAUUUCAUACUGUAGUGAAGGCAACAGCUCGGGUUGAUAAGUUCUCUAAAAGUGAUAUCAUUGUUUCCCCUUCUAUUCUCUCUGCUAAUUUUUCAAAGCUAGGAGAGCAGGUAAAAGCAGUGGAAUUGGGAGGUUGUGAUUGGAUCCAUGUUGAUGUCAUGGAUGGUCGUUUUGUUCCAAACAUCACCAUUGGACCUCUUGUGGUUGAUGCUUUGCGGCCAGUGACAGAUCUUCCUUUGGAUGUGCAUUUGAUGAUUGUAGAACCUGAACAAAGAGUGCCAGAUUUUAUCAAGGCUGGAGCUGACAUAGUCAGUGUUCACUGUGAGCAAUCCUCCACCAUCCAUUUGCAUCGCACAAUAAAUCAGAUAAAAAGCCUUGGAGCUAAAGCUGGAGUUGUCUUGAACCCUGCUACCCCACUGAGUGCUAUAGACUAUGUCCUUGAUGUGGUUGAUCUAGUAUUGAUUAUGUCUGUAAACCCUGGUUUUGGUGGGCAAAGCUUUAUUGAGAGUCAAGUAAAGAAAAUCUCAGAUUUGAGAAGAAUAUGUGCAGAGAAGGGAGUAAAUCCAUGGAUUGAAGUAGAUGGUGGAGUUGGUCCCAAGAAUGCAUAUAAGGUUAUUGAGGCUGGGGCUAAUGCUAUAGUUGCGGGUUCAGCUGUAUUUGGAGCUAAAGAUUAUGCUGAAGCAAUAAGAGGAAUCAAAACCAGCACAAGGCCAGUUGCUGUACCAGCAUGAUUUAUCACCAGAGAAUCUCAUUUUAUUAAAUGUUAUUCAAAAAGUAGAUAAGCAGCUUAUUUCUACCUUCAUGUUGCGGCCAGAUGUACCAUCACUUCUUGGUUGAUUUCUCCCGGGUUACAGAUGAACUAAUAAGGAAACAAGUCUGUGGCAAGAAUGCCGCUGGGUAUAUGAUGUGUACCAUAUAUCCUUUAUAGGGAUUCUGUAGUUGGAGCUCAUGUGAGGCUCUUUGUAACAAUCAAUAGAAUCAGGACCUUUUUUUCUUCUUUUUAUUUUCUUCAUCUCGUUAAAUAACUAAAUGAAAAAUAGCUGAUACAGUCAGUACCUUAUUAAGCAUCUUUAUAAACAUUCAACUAGCAUAUUCAUCCA